AUGUCGCCACUCCAGGGGGACCUGACCAAAGGCUCCCUGCCGAGUCCCCGGCGGCGUACGGCCAGUUCGGGUCAGUUCCCGUCAAUGGUCAUGUUUGUGCUGGACGACGACGUGCCAAUGUGCGGGGGAUCCAUCCUCAACGCCAGAUGGGCGUUUACGGGCAGGACGAUUACAAACAUUCGAGUCAGUGAGCCUUCCUCGAGAAGUUACACCGUGAUCAAAAUCGUACCGCACGAGAAACUUAGACGACCUGCGCACGGAAACGAUAUUUCUGUCGUCAAACUGGACAAGGAUAUAAUCUUCAACGCAAAUACAAAACCCGUGAAGUUACCAUACACACACGCCGAGGAUCCCACAGCUGGUGCGGUUCUAACGCUCCCGGGAUACGGGGUCACGAGUGUUGACGGGCCAUUGGCCCCUCAAAUGCAAUACGUGACCAUGAAAUACGUUUCGGACAAGGAGUGUCAGAGCCUUCUGAGAGCCUAUGCCAGAUCUCUCGUCAUUGUUCCUGCCCAACUUUGUGCCGGUGGGGAAGCCGGCAAAGACGGAUGUCAGACUAAUUCCCGUCGUGCCAAAAGUUUGUCAAGCCCAAACUCGGAAAAAUGUGUGGCGCAAUCCGCCAAAGCGUUCGCAUUUACGAAUUCCGCUUUGCACCAUUGGUCCUCGGUCAAAGGCAGAUCCAACUCCGCAAAUAACAGAGGAUGCGAAGAACGCACAGCUUUCGCAAUCUUCGGCAAAUGA